UCAGCGAGUUUUAUAUCGCACCUUCACGUUACUAUACUCGCUUUUGAACAAGAAUUAGAUAAUAGUUAAUUAGAAACUCUUCUCAUUCGGCUUUAGAAAGGGAUUCACCUUCAGUGGGGAAACGAUUCUUACGAACACACGUUCGCAAAUAAGAAUAUGGUUGGAUAACAAAACCAAACUUUCAGCCCGCGGCUGGCUCGUCUCCGAACUGUAUUCGUGAUAAUUCUAUAAUAUGCCUCUCGAUAUGGUUCACGUAACAUUUUCGGAUGGAUCUCUUAAACCAAUCAGCGAUAUAAAAUCAGAUCGGCUAUAAAAUUUCUAACCAAUUUCAUCCAAACGGAGCAGUAUGACAUGACGGUUGAUUACAUCACGUGACAAAGACAAUGAAAAUGUAUUGUCGCAUCACCGUAUCAAAUACAUUGGGUAUUCCAAUAGGAUUUAUGCAUCUGUAUCUAUUCCAAUACAGUCAGUUGCCUGCGGUGAUGGCGGUGAUAUGUAUAUGUUUUUAAUGUUUUGACUGUUGUAUGUACGAAUGUCAGCCGAAAGAUAGAAUCAAUAAAAACAAUCCUUGUGAAAAAUGUCUACGUUGAAGUAAUUUACUUUUAAGUUGCGAUCAGUGAAAUAUUCUAUCUAUCGGGCGGACAACUAAUAUCAUUAGUCUUCAAUGAAAUGAUACAACACUAAAUAGUAAAGCAGCAAAUAACUUAAGUCCAAGAUGAAUCUGGGAGGCUCGAUUCGAAUUAAUAAAUUUGGCGUUCUCAUAAUCACAAUAUUGUUGGUUUUCUUGGUAUACUACAUAUCGACCGGAAAGUCACGAAACUCCAACUACGCAUUGAACAAAAACCCAAACGAAGUGAACCUGCGGAAGUUAUUGAUCGGAUCCAUACAAGCCGCCCAACGUGGUGGUCUGGAGGUGGUGGAAGUUUCAAAGAGCCCCGAUUUCAAUGUGCAAAGCAAGGGCAAAACCAAAGAAGGGGCAAAUGAUCCGGUGACGGAUGCGGACUUUCGUUCGCAUUGCGUUAUGGCAAGCGGACUGCAUCGGAUUUUCCCGAAGCUGAAAAUAAUCUCCGAGGAGGAUGGCGAGGGUAAAUCCUGUCCAGAUGUGAAGCUGUUCGAUCUGGACCCUACGGUAAUACACGAAAGUUCCAACGUACCGGAUGAGAUCGUGGGGAUCGAAGAUGUUACAGUUUGGAUCGAUCCUCUUGAUGCCACACAGGAGUACACAGAGAACCUGUUCAUGUAUGUUACAACUAUGGUAUGCGUGGCAAUAAAGGGCGUUCCGACGAUUGGAGUAAUUCACAACCCAUUCACGAAGAAAACCGUUUGGGCCUGGGCGGACAAGACAGUGUCGGAACCACUAAACGUCAUAAAGAGGGAUGAGGACGUCAAGCAUCCUGUUGUUAUUGUUUCCCGAUCACAUAGCGGCAACGUAAAUAUCCUGGCCAAGGAUGUGUUUGGUAAAAACUCGCACAUAAUCCCAGCAGGAGGAGCAGGGUAUAAAGUCCUACAGGUACUGCACAACAAUGCAACGGCGUACCUCCACUCGACGGCCAUAAAAAAGUGGGACAUUUGCGCUGGCAAUGCAAUACUCGCUGCGAUCGGAGGGAGGAUGACUACCCAGCAGAAUCAGGACAUUUCCUACAGCGACAAGGACUCGUACGUGAACGAGCAUGGUCUGCUGGCAACGGCCGUCGGGGGCGUACACGAGCUGUACAUCAAGAAGCUUAUCGAACAUCAGAAAACGCUGCACUAGUGGUGAUUCGUCUUGCUCCUCCGAAGCAUCACACGCACGCAUCAAUUAGAGAGAAAGAGAGGUGAACAUUCUGAUUGGAAUGAUUCCUGUGAAAGUCAUUACACUUAACUUGCCAGGUAUUUGUGUUAUGGUUAAUUUGUGAUCACGCCUUCGAGUUCCUCGAGUUUAACUUUAAUUUAGAUCUAGAUAGUAGUUUGAAUGUAUGUAAAUGUAAGAUUGUGAUUGAUAUUCAUCCAGAAUUCGAAUAAAUUCCUCGGUACAUAAUGACAAAUA